UAGAGGAGAGAGAAAGUGAAGUGAUAGAGACUGUUCUAGCGCUUUAACUCUCAAUUCCUAAUAAAUUAGCUCAAAAUUGAACGAAUCAGUUCCUAAAUUAGGGUUUCGAUUCUACAAUCAGCUGCUGAUUUACUUCGAUCAAAGAUGAAGAGGAAAGGCGAUGAAGACAUCACCGAAGAUUUCCCCCUUUCACCGGCCAUCAAAAUCCGACGAUUGGAUGAAAACCUUCCAACUAUGAUUCCAGACGAUGAACUGUUAGAUAAUAUUGUAAGUAAUAGAGAUCCAGUGGAAAUUCCAGAAGAAGUAAUGGCAUUGACAGAGUUAAAUAAUCCUAUUUUGGAGAAUGAUGAAAGAGCUAUUGUUCUUUUCAAGCCUUUGAAUACGCAGUCGUUGUAUCAAUCUCCUUCAAGUUUCCGUGUCUCAAUUGAUCCUGAUUUUCUCUCAGAAAUCAAAUAUAAUCGAUUUAUGUCAUCAAGCCAAUCACACAUGAAAAGACCAGAAGAAAAAGAUGAGGUGUAUGAACAUGAUACAAAUCAAUGUUUAGCAGUGGUACCUUGGAUUCCUUCAACAUUAGUUCAUCAUCAUCUUGAUAAAGUAGAAGUCUCUGAAUUGAUGAUGGAGGAAGAUGAACAGAUGGGUGAAGAAUCAUUGAUGGAUGUUGAUGAAGAGAGUUCUAUCAAUGGAGUAGUAGGGCAGAUGGAGAUGAAUGAGAACCUGCAGUGGCAACAACAACAACAGCAGCAAUGCAUGAUUCAACAGUCAUCUAAUUCUUCUCCAGUAGUGUGGUUCAGGUGAUACAAUGUCCAGUUGAUUUCAAUUUGUGGGUUUUGAAAAACAGGACUGGAUGUGUACAGAGCAGGCAUGAACUUUGCUUCAAUAGAGAGGAAUGAGGACUUAAGAUAAAUCAAAAAUCAUUUGAGAAUUGGAGCAAUGAUUUUGAUGUUAUGUUUCUUUUAGUUUUAUUUUGAUUGCCCAGUUCAAUUACCACUAAGACCGAACGCUGUGGCUCGAUGCUAAAAGGAAGUUUUCUUUUGAAUAAUCGGUUAAGUUAUGAUAAUUUGAUGAUUUUUGGUAAAGGGAUUUGUGUUUUUCAUAAACCCUAAUCCAGAUUGUAUUGUUUCUAUGUAUCAUUUUCUCACUUUGGCCAAGAAGGUUGAUUCAUUAUCUUAGUU